CGUGUUGUCAGUGUCAGCUCUGCGCACGCAGCCCUCCCGGAGCCGGUGCCGGCCUGCGAGCCCCAGCGUCUCCGCAGACGAGUCCCCGCCCGGGUCCGGCGGGGCCCCCGCUGUGGGAGGAGUCGGGCGCUGGCCGGCGACUAACCCGGGUUGGACUGCCGGACCAACCGAGGAGGGCCCCGGACUCCGGAGAGAGGGACCCCGGCGUCGCGACCCCCCCCCCAGGAACCUCCUCUCCUCGAUCUGUGGCACCCACUAGUCCCGGGCACCCAGCCCCGGAGAGCCCCCGAUCCCGCGCGCCCAGCCCCGGGGGAGCCCGCCCCCGCCCCGAGGCCCGCCCGGGCCAUGCUCCCCCGGGGCAGCGGCUGAGCCCGAGCCGGAACCGGGACCUGAGCCCGCGCGGAGCAUGGAUCCAGACUGGGGGCAGCGGGACGUAGGCUGGGCGGCCCUGCUGGUCCUCUUCGCCGCCUCGCUGCUUACGGUGUUGGGCUGGCUGCUGCAGUAUGCCCGGGGUUUGUGGCUGGCGCGGGCCCGCGGGGGCCGGGGCCCGGGACCCGCCUUAGCUGCCGAGUCCGCCGGCUCCCUGCGGGAGCUGGGCGCGUGGCGCUCGCUGCUGAGGCUGCGGGCGACUCGGGCCGGCGCCCCUGAGGAGCCAGGCGUCCGGGGCCUCCUGGCGUCGCUCUUCGCCUUCAAGUCUUUCCGGGAGAACUGGCAGCGGGCUUGGGUGCGAGCGUUGAACGAGCAGGCCUGCAGGGAUGGGAGCUCCAUCCAAAUCGCCUUUGAGGAGGUGCCCCAACUCCCACCCAAAGCCAGCAUCAGUCAUGUGACCUGCACAGACCAAUCAGAGCGCACCAUGGUGCUGCAUUGCCAGCUCUCUGCUGAGGAGGUGAUGUUUCCAGUCUCUGUGACCCAGCAGUCCCCCGCUGCCGUCUCCAUGGAGACCUACCACGUCACUCUGACACUGCCACCAACACAGUUGGAAGUCAACCUGGAGGAAAUCCCUGGCGAGGGCCUUCUUGUAUCCUGGGCCUUCACUGAUCGCCCAGAUCUCAGGCUGACAGUGCUUCCCAAGCUGCAGAACAGGGAGAGAGGAGAGGAGCAAGUAGAGCUCUCCACUAUCGAGGAGCUGAUCGAGGAUUCCGUAGUCAGCACCCAGCCGGCUAUGAUGGUCAACCUGAGGGCUUGCUCUGCCCCUGGGGGCCUGGUACCCAGUGAGAAGCCACCUCUGGUGCCCCAAGCCCAGCCAGCCAUCCCCAGACCUACCCGGUUAUUCCUAAGGCAGCUUCGAGCGUCUCACCUGGGACGUGAGCUGGAAGGCACUGGGGAAGUGUGCUGUGUAGCUGAGCUCGAUGACCCCAUGCAACAGAAGUGGACCAAGCCCAUGAGGGCUGGGCCUGAGGUGGAGUGGAGCGAGGACCUGACACUGGAUCUGGGGCCCCAGAGCCGGGAGCUGGUCCUCAAAGUGCUGAGGCGUAGCAGCUGUGGAGACGGUGAGGACAGGGCAGGAGGGAGCACGUCUGGGUGGGUGCCGAGUGGGGCCUGGUCACAGCCCUGGCUCACGGUGCCACCCCUUUCCCCAGCUGAAUUCUUGGGCCAGGCCACAGUGUCUGUGGCCUCCCCUUCCAGACCACUGUCCCGAAGACAGGUGUGCCCGCUCACCCCUGGGCCAGGGAAAGCCCUGGGGCAGGCAGCCACCAUGGCAGUAGAGCUUCAGUAUGAGGAGGGCUCCCCCCGGAACCUGGGCACUCCCACCCCCUCCACUCCACGCCCCAGCAUCACACCUACCAAGAAGAUUGAGCUUGACCGGACCAUCAUGCCCGAUGGCACCAUUGUCACCACAGUCACCACCGUCCAGUCCCGGCCCCGGGUAGAUGGCAAAUUAGACUCCCCCUCCCGCUCCCCGUCCAAGGUGGAGGUGACCGAGAAGACAACAACUGUGCUGAGCGAGAGCGGUGGCCCCAGCAGUAGCUCCCACAGCAGCAGCCCAGGGGAGAGCCACCUUUCCAACGGCUUGGACCCUGUAGCAGAGACAGCCAUUCGCCAGCUGACUGAGCCCAGCGGGCGGGCAGCCAAGAAGACACCCACCAAGCGUAGCACACUCAUCAUCUCCGGUGUUUCCAAGGUGCCCAUUGCUCAGGACGAGUUGGCACUAUCCCUGGGCUAUGCGGCAUCCCUGGAAGCCUCAAUGCAGGAUGAUGCAGGACCCAGUGGAGGUCCCUCUUCACCUCCCUCAGACCCACCAGCCAUGUCCCCAGGACCGCUAGAUGCCCUCUCCAGUCCCACGAGUGUCCAGGAAGCAGAUGAGACAACGCGUUCGGACAUUUCUGAGAGGCCCUCUGUGGAUGAUGUUGAGUCGGAAACAGGGUCUACUGGUGCGCUGGAAACCCGCAGCCUCAAGGAUCACAAAGUGAGCUUCCUGCGCAGUGGCACUAAGCUCAUCUUCCGCCGGAGGCCUCGUCAGAAGGAAGCCGGUCUGAGCCAAUCACACGAUGACCUCUCCAACACGACGGCCACACCCAGCGUCCGAAAGAAGGCUGGCAGCUUUUCUCGCCGUCUUAUCAAGCGCUUUUCCUUCAAAUCCAAACCCAAGGCCAAUGGCAACCCCAGCCCCCAGCUCUGAGGGCCCUGCACACCUCCUGAGCUAGGAGAGGGCAGGCGUCCUCUCAGCCCCUUCCCCACAUUCCCUUCCAUUCCCCCCUCCUGGAUCCCCGGUAGCCUGGGCCAGGGCAGCCCUCUGGGUUCCAGGAAGCCCCGCCCACCCCGGGCUGUGGGGCUAGUCGGAAGGGGACUUGCAGCGGGAAGCGUGUGAGAGGCGGACACCCGUUGCUGAGGACGCAGAAGAGGGCGCGGGUGGCUGGGAGCAAGGGGAGGCUGUGUCCUGGCGCGUGUGGGCGUCCUCAGACCCGCUGGCCUGCCGUUGGCACUGGCCCCUCUGAGGAGCCCCAGGCUGCUCGGCUCCUCAGCUGAUCCCGCCUCCCUUAUUUAUUCCCUUUUCUAUUUAUAUGUGUGGUCCCGGACCCUCGGUGAACAGGUAAUAGAGGGCAUCUCUCCCAGGUGACCCUUCUUUCCUAUCCCAGGAGGGUAGGCAAUUCCCUUUCGGAUGGGGCUCCCUCACCUCCCUCAGGUCCCCACUCCGACCAGCACCAAUGUCUGCCUCUGAGGACAUGGACAGCUCACAGAAAGCCGGGCCGGUGCCCGGGAUGGGGGGCAGGUACUCCCCACCUCCCUGCGUCCCCUUCUGCUCCUCAGCCCUCCCUCCCCCUUUGUUACCGUUUUUUUGUACUUGAUACCUUCUCUGUGAGCAGUGGCUCUGUUGGAAGGAGGGAGCCAGGAGCCUGAUGGGAAGCCUUUCCCUGAGACAUGGCUUUAGGGGCUUUGUUUACAGAGUGUGUGAUGAGGGAGCAAGAUCAGAGCUGUACCUCUGUAUAGUGGGAGAUGAUGAUGUCCAUUGCUGUGUGAUGGCCUGGAAUUUAAUUUAUUAAAGUCAAAUUGGAGUUUAUAAACUGGACAACUGGUCAUCCUUUGACAGGC